UUAUCAUUCGGAACUAAUUAAUUUCCGUGUUAAUCAAAUGUGUUAGUCACGCUGUCUCAUUCGUUGGAGUGGAAGAGAGAUGUCUAUAUAAACAAGUGUCUGCUGCUCUGUAUCUCUUCCACAGCUUCUUCUUCUCUCUAUUUCUGCUGUCCAAGAUAACUAUAAGAAGGGAUAAACAAAUUCGUAAACAUGUCAACGGCAACUUUUGUAGACAUUAUCUUGGCAAUCAUCCUUCCUCCUCUUGGAGUUUUUCUCAGGUUCGGUUGUGAGGCGGAAUUCUGGAUCUGCCUAGUUCUUACAUUUUUCGGAUACUUACCUGGAAUCAUCUAUGCUAUCUUUGUUCUAACAAAGUGAUGAUGAUGCCUCCCAAGUAUGCGUUUUCAACUUCAUUUGCACCAUCAAGUUGACUUAAUUGGUUUUCAUUUUCACAAUUCAUUUGGUGAAUUAGUAUUAUUGUUAUCCGAGAUCAUCCAUUUGGUGUUUGUACCUGCGUGUACGCGUAAACGACUCUUUUGUGUGUUAGUUAAUUAGGUGUGUUCAUUUUCUUUGUAAUUAUAAGAAGGGAUAUCCGUGUUUGUUCCCCAUAUUGGGCUUAAAUUUCAAUAAGCAAACAUAAAAAUUGUUUCAUUUGUCCA